CUUUAAACAUAUUAAAUGAAUCACACUGUCUAGCGGAGGGCACGCGUACAGUUUGGGAUACAGACAGGUCUGGACUAUUAGUCUUAAAGGGCGGAAAAGUCGGACCGAUAAGAUGACCAUGAAACGAACACUCGGGCAAGUGUCAUUUACACUGACGUAUUUGUUGCUGUACUUCAUAUCGUUGAAUGAUGCACAACCGGAAGGCUUUAUCGAUUAUCCAACGUCAGUAUCAAAUGUUUUGUCUCUUAUGGGAAAAUAUGGACUUAAACAAAUCAAAGCUGAAGGAAGAGCAAAUACGAAACAGUACCUUGUGACCACCCUGUUAACCGCUGAAGAACUAGAUGAGGCUUCAGUCUGGGAAAUGGAUAAAUUACUAGCAUUGGGAAAGGAUAGACUCAAAAUAUUUUAUAAUCAAAAUGUGGCUGGCGCCGAUGAGUUGGAAACAAAGGGCGGGCCGAGGCAUGGGGAGAUAAUCUUUAUUUAUUUUGGUGAACAUAAUUCUGUGGAUGCUCUUAUAGAGAGGCUUCCUGUCAAGGGAGACGACAGUGUACCCGGGCAUUCGUAUCUAAUUUUCUACUCAUAUUACAUACCAUGUGCUUGUAUUCCUUACUGUAGUUUUAACUGUGCCGAGGAGCUUGGUAAAUUUGCUCGUCUUCAUACCAAAGACAUGACUACAAUCGUCGGGUAUUCGGCUGUCUAUGCCCAAACGGACGAGCAAAGCGCUGAAGUUUUUUUGAAGGAAGGAGGCGUAUCAUUGUUCCGAGAUACGACUGGGAAUAACGAUGACUUUCAAUUAGUCCAGGUGAUUACUGAUACAAAUAGAAGACCAAUGAAGGGAACGUUUCAAGAACUUUUUCAGCAAUGCCUCAUUUCAAGUCCUGUGUCGAUUUGCAUACCAGACGAAACAAAAGAACGCAUUGUGAUAGCGUUUAUAAAUUAUAUCAUGCUUCCUAAUUUUAAAGCAUCUAUAUUUUUUGGUAGACUGUCCGAAAUGUCGAAAUUCUUCUUGCGAAAAGAAGUUAAACGCAAACUUGAAGAAUCUAUAAGAAAGGUGUCAUGCGACAAAAUGCUACUAGAUCCAGAAAACUGCAGAUCCUUGAUCAAUAAGUGUUCCGAUUCAGCUUUAGAUCAAACUGAUAUACUUGCUUACCCAACAUUUGGCGCUACUCGAUUUUAUAAGCCUAUAGAAGAUGAUAUGCGAUGGCGCGACGUCGAAGCCUUAAGCCGCAACUUUGGUAUACAGUAUGUAAGUGUUCCAGACUGUGAGAAAAAGUUUCAUUCAGUUACUAGUCUUUGUAUAAGUAAAGCAGAAAAAAAGGGCAAAAAGGGUACUAAUACAUUACCAGAUAGGACUGGUCGCGAGUUUAAUGAUGAAGAAGAGGGAAGGCUAACAGGUACAUCAGGUUUGAAACAGGAAACAGGACAAGUUAAACAAAAGCAAGGGGCAUCGACCAGGACAAAAAUGUAACAUGCACCCGACCUCCCUCAGUACUGAAAUGAGUUCCAAUCCCGAUCCAGAAAUUCUCGGACUAAUAAGUGUUAAAAUAAAAUAUUUAGCACUAUGUAAUUAUCGUCGAAUUUUGUAUUUCAGACAGUGUUUGUUUGUUGUUGUUGUUUUGGGGGUUUUCGGGGUGGGUGUGGAGAAGGGGGUUAAAUCCCGCCGAUGUGUAUCACAUUAAUGUGUCGCAUUUUACCCCAUCUGUUUUAUUUUCACGAAACUUUGUAUGCAUAUUGAUCAGUAUUGCUUGUUGCGCACCUGCAAUUUAAUAUAAUUUUUCCCUCGGUCUAGAGGUUGCUCAAAAAUUGUUCAAAAAGGUCCUUAUAUGUUGUUUCGCAUGCAGUUCCAAAGGUAUGAGUGAAAAUGCUUUUGUUAUAUUAAACAUCAUUACACAAUAUUUAUUGUUAUAAUAGUAACAAUAGUUAAAGCCAUUAAAAAGGAUACAAAAACAAUAUCUCUCUCAAAGCGAUGUAUAACAUCUACACUCAUACAGGAUCACCAAUGUCAGUGUGUGUAUACCGCAUUAUAAAUUACGUCAUAUAUGCUACGUCGGAAGGCAAGAAUAUGCUUAAAAUAAAGACUUAAUUCAAAGAUUUUUAUUUACAACACCAUUUAAAAUGAAACGAAGGGCAUUCUAUGCUGUUUAAAGAGCCUCGCAUUUGUUUUAUUUCAGAAAUAUGAUGAGGUCAUUAGUUUCAUCAAACACUUCGAUACAUUGUUUGCAAAAUCAUUUUUGGACAGUGCUCCGUCAGACGGCCGUAUUGUAAAAAGGUUAGUCGAAGUGUUUUAAGAAACAAAACUCACAAUCAAAUUCUGGUAAAUGACCGAAUGUGGGGCUCCGUAAGCGGCGUAGACUGCGGUAUGUUUCAAUUAAAAUGGUGAAGAAAUAGUUCACUGGCUCCCAGUGGAUUACAGAAUCAAUUUCAAAAUACUAACUCAUGUAUUUUAAUCACUUUAUGGCAAAGCUCCACAAUACAUUAAUGAUAUGAUCAACGUUUACAAACCGACUAGAAAUCUACGUUCAGCCAACCAAUCGCUAACUCUUGUGCCACCAAAAACAAAACUUAAAUUUGGGGAUAGGAGCUUUUCUGCGGCUGCUCCUAAACUAUGGAACACUUUACCAGCACAUGUUAGAGACUGUACUUCUCUUGAAAGCUUCAAACGAUAACUAAAGACUCACCUCUUCUUUCAGGUUUAUGGGAACUGAAAACUGAAUCGCUUACUUUAUUAACUGUGAUUAUGUAAUUUGGAACAGUCAAGAUGGAAAAUAUCCCAUAUUCCAAUAUCUUAAUAGAAUGGUUUCAUUUCAUAUUAUAUUCCAUUUAAGUAUUAGUCAUUCGAUUGUUUUAUCUAUGCUUUCAGAAUAUGUCUUAGAAAACUGCUUUAUAUUUUUAAUUCCAUGCCUAUUUUUAAGCAUUGCUUUGAACUUUUCACAUUGCCUUUAAUUUGCAUAUAUAUAUUUCCUUUCUGAUUAAUUUGUACUGUUUAACCAUGUAUUGUUCAGCGCUUUUGAGCAUUUUUGGAAAGAGCGCUAUAUAAAUGUGGUAUAUUAUUAUUAUUAUUAUUAUUAUUAUGUGACUUCACUGUUGAUGAGAAAUGAACUGAAACGUAAAAAGAGCUGUGAUA